CACACACACACACAUAUGUUUAUGUCUUAAUAUACAACAGUGUAGCGUCAUGUUGUAGAUGUGUGAAGAGCUAUGGGAGGAAGCAUUUAUUUCCUCUUCGUGUCAUACUUGGUUUUGGUUGGACUUGUGACAGAAAUUGGUGGAUCUGACUCUCAACCGGUUCUGUCUGGGCCUGACAGGGCCUAUCUGAAAUCUCGAGUCCAGUUUGAAUGUCAGGUUUCAGGUUUAUCUUCACCUCUUACUUAUGAACUCAGAAAGGAUGAUGGACGUCUGAUCACCACAGACGUCAACACCGUGCUCAAAUUUACGGUCACAGAGGAAUCAGAGGGCAAAUAUUACUGCAGACUAAACCCAGGAGGACAAACCAGCAACACUUUACAGUUACAAGUAGUGAUCCCUGUUCAGGGUGUAAGCUUGAGCUCGGAGCCGGAUCCGGCCAUCAUCUAUGAGGGAGAAAGACUCGUCCUGAGCUGUCUUGUCAAAAAAGGAUCAUAUCUGUCCUUCCUGUGGUACCAUAACAAACAGGAAGUGACCUCACAAUCGAAACUCUACCAGCUGUCAGAAAACACACUAACAGUGGAAAGGGCAGGUGAACAGCAUGCUGGGAUAUAUUCAUGCACGGCCAGUAACCAAAUAGAGGAUUCUCCAAGAUUCUCCAGCAGUCAAAAUCUCAAUGUCUAUGUGGAACAAUAUAUCUCAGCACCCAGACUGACGUUCACAGUCUUCUCUAUUGGCUCUGACGUGACCGCAAAUAUAAGCUGUCGUCUGGACCGUGGAAGUCCUCCGGUGAUAUUUCACAUGUUAUUGAAUGGUGUAGAGAUGUUUGAGAAGCAGGUUUCUUCACUGGAGACCUGGUUUCUUCUGCCCGUCUCUGUGGGUCUGAACAUGGGAGCUGCUCAAUGCAAAGCCAAGAAAGAAAUCCAGCAGCUCAUCUCUGAUUCGGUCAAUCUGGAAGUGGUUCCAGUAGGUGGCGCUGUGCAGGUUGUGGUCACUUACCUCCAUGAUGUUACUGCAGUAGUGACAGCCGCCCGUUUGAAAUGUGUCCCGAGCAGAGGAACGUUUCCAUCAUUCUCCUGGACUUUAAACCACACGUCCCUCCCAUCAGUAGGUGAAUUUCACGGCCUCGGUCAACACGGUCAGAUCCUGGUCAUCACAGACAUCACCGCGGCGAGCUCUGGGUAUUACAGAUGUGCGGUGAAGGACAGUUUUGACAACAACUCAACUUGGGUGGAAAGUUCAGAAAUCCUAAUCCAGAACACAGAUUUGGUGGUGAUGCCCAUGGAAGUCAUGGCGUUUGUUUUUUGUGGGUUCUUGUUGAUGGUGAUAAUUGGAGGAACGUUUUGUGUCUUGUGGAACAUCAACAGUAAAAUCGAGAAAUCCCACAAUAACCAAGUCAAUCGGUCUGAGACGAUAAUAGAUCCAGGAGAUACAAGAGCUGUUGUUUCCCAUGAAACUCAAAGCAUAGAAAUGAAAACAGUCGUCAUGGAGUUUCAGAGUGAUUCCUGACUGAGGUGAACAGAUCCUGCUGCUGAAGCUCACCGCUGGACCAGACCAGACCAGACCAGACCUCUUCACAUUAAUCACUACUCUGCUGUGGUGUUGUUUUAUUCAGCACAGCAUGAUUUAUAAUCAUCAGAUUCACUCUGUUUAAGGGAGUUGUGUGUUAUUGUUAUUGUGUGGCUUUUGUGUAUCAAUAAAUAUA